AUACGUGAUUAGCUGCACUAGGAUUGAAAAGUUAAAAAGGAGCAAUUUUCUUUCCCAUUUAGCGUUAGGGAAAUUUAAUAAAAUUUCCCUAAUUAAGUAUAUUAUACAUUCAAUUAUUUAGCCGGUAAGAGUUUAAUUUCACGAUGGCUUCAGUCAUUAAUUUGGUGAAGAGAAGCAAUUUGGGAGUAUUGUCGAAAUACUUUACUGCAAACCAACAUGUAAGGUACGCAUCUAAAUGGUACCCAGGCGUAGAAGAUAUGAAAAAGUUUGAACGGCCUGUUAUGUUUGUACCCGAAGAAGCGGGCGAUUGGAAGGUUGUCGCCUGGAACAGUAAUAUACAACCGGUAGAACGUGAAGUGAAGAAUAUGACCAUCAACUUUGGGCCUCAACAUCCAGCUGCUCAUGGUGUGCUCCGAUUAGUGCUUGAACUCUCGGGAGAAGUUGUCAUUCGUGCAGAUCCACACAUAGGACUGUUGCAUAGGGCCACGGAAAAACUGAUUGAAUACAAAACAUAUACUCAAGCGUUACCAUACUUUGAUCGUCUUGAUUAUGUAUCCAUGAUGUGUAAUGAACAGUGUUAUUCUUUAGCCGUUGAAAAAUUAUUAAAUAUAGAAGUGCCAAUUAGAGCUAAAUACAUUCGAACCCUGUUUGCGGAAAUCACACGCAUAUUGAACCACAUCAUGGCUGUCGGUACGCAUGCAUUGGACAUUGGCGCUAUGACACCAUUCUUUUGGCUUUUCGAAGAGCGAGAAAAAAUGAUGGAAUUUUACGAACGUGUCUCUGGUGCUAGGAUGCAUGCAGCGUACAUUCGUCCAGGAGGAGUGUCUCAAGAUAUUCCUCUCGGUUUAAUGGAUGACAUCUAUCAGUUUAUAUCAAAGUUUGGAGAAAGAAUUGACGAAACCGAAGAUAUGCUUACUAAUAACGGUAUUUGGAUAGCUAGGACCCGUGACAUUGGUAUUGUAAGCGCCGAAGAUGCUCUCAAUUUAGGCUUCAGUGGUGUUAUGUUACGCGGUUCUGGAAUCAAAUGGGAUUUGCGUAAAACACAGCCGUACGAUGCGUACCAUCUUAUGGACUUUGAUGUACCUAUUGGAACUCGUGGCGAUUGUUACGACAGAUAUCUGUGUCGGGUGGCUGAAAUGAGACAAUCGCUUAGGAUAAUCGAACAGUGUUUGAACCAAAUGCCUGCUGGUGAAAUUAAAACUGACGACAUGAAAGUCACGACACCAUCCAGAUCGGAAAUGAAAAAUUCUAUGGAGGCAUUGAUUCACCAUUUCAAAUUAUUUACCCAAGGUUAUCAAGUACCUCCUGGUGCUACGUACACUGCGAUAGAAGCUCCCAAAGGUGAAUUUGGUGUUUAUUUAGUCUCUGACGGUUCAUCCAAACCGUACAGAUGUAAAAUUAAGGCUCCUGGUUUUGCACAUCUCGCCGCUCUAGACAAAAUAGGCAAAAAACAUUUCCUCGCCGACAUAGUUGCUAUAAUUGGAACCUUGGAUGUUGUGUUUGGAGAAAUUGAUCGUUGAGUAUUUAUUUGUAAAUAAUAUACAAUGGAAAGCUAAUACUAUAUGUAUCAAUUUCUUUUUUAUUGUUAAAAAUUAAACCUGGACAGUCGUAUAAAUAGUGUAUACGACUUUCACUUAAUUCUUAAUGUUAUGUAUUUACUAUAUUUAUACAUACUUGUAUUUUAUUGUUUUUCAACCAUAGUAAAUACAUUGUGUACCACGUGGAUCAUUAUAAUAA